AUGAGGUCAAGUCAGCUGAAGCUGCUUGUUGGAUUUGGCAACACGGAGGUUGAUGAGACCUUGAGAAGGCUAAGCGUGCUGUUUAGUGCCAUCGGAUGCCUGUUUCCUGCCAUUCUCAACCUCGCCAGCAAUGCUCUCAUCAGCACCAAUGCGACCUGCGGGGAGAAGGGGCCGGAGACAUUCUGCAAGCUGGUGGAGCACGUGCCCGGGCGGGCUAUGCGCAAUGCCCAGUGCCGAGUCUGCGACAGCCACAGCGCCAACCCCAAAGAACGUCAUCCAAUAUCAAAUGCCAUCGAUGGCACCAAUAACUGGUGGCAAAGUCCCAGUAUUCAGAACGGGAGAGAAUACCACUGGGUCACCAUCACGCUGGACUUGAGACAGGUCUUUCAAGUUGCUUAUGUCAUCGUCAAAGCUGCUAAUGCCCCUCGCCCUGGAAACUGGAUUUUGGAGCGAUCUCUGGAUGGUGUGGAGUUCAGCCCCUGGCAGUUUUACGCAGUUAGUGACACGGAGUGUUUGACUCAUUACAAUAUAACUCCAAGACGGGGGCCGCCCACUUACAGGGCCGAUGACGAAGUGAUCUGCACCUCAUAUUACUCCAGGCUGGUGCCACUCGAGCACGGAGAGAUUCAUACAUCACUCAUCAAUGGCAGACCAAGCUCUGAUGAUCUUUCACCCAAGUUAUUGGAAUUCACUUCCGCACGAUACAUCCGCCUGCGAUUACAGCGCAUUCGAACCCUCAAUGCCGACCUUAUGACCCUGAGCCACCGGGACCCUAAAGACCUGGAUCCUAUUGUUACAAGACGAUAUUACUAUUCAAUAAAAGACAUUUCUGUUGGAGGAAUGUGCAUUUGUUAUGGCCAUGCCAGUAGCUGCCCAUGGGAUGAAACUACAAAGAAGUUCCAGUGUCAGUGUGAACACAACACCUGCGGCGACAGCUGCAGCCGCUGUUGUCCUGGGUACCACCAGCAGCCCUGGAGGCCCGGCACCGUGUCUUCCGGUAACACGUGUGAGGAAUGCAAUUGCCACAAUAAAGCCAAGGACUGCUACUAUGACGAAAGCGUGGCACAGCAGAGAAGCAGCUUGGACACUGCCGGGCAGUUCCGAGGGGGAGGGGUGUGCAUCGACUGUCUGCAGAACACCAUGGGGGUCAACUGCGAGACCUGCACUGACGGCUACUACAGACCGCACAAGGUGUCUCCUUAUGAGGACCACCCUUGUCACCCCUGUGACUGUGACCCUCGGGGGUCCCUCAGUUCUGUCUGUAUUAAGGAUGACCAUCAUUCUGACAUACACAGAGGGAAGUGGCCAGGUCAGUGUCCCUGCAAGGAAGGUUAUGCGGGAGAAAAAUGUGACCGCUGCCAGUUUGGCUAUAAGGGUUACCCUGCCUGUGUGCCCUGUGACUGCAGUCCAGCUGGCAGCUUGAAUGAGGAACCCUGCUCCGAGUCUUGUCUCUGUAAGGAAAACGUGGAGGGGAGACACUGUGACCGCUGCAAGCCGGGGUUCUAUAACUUGAACGCAAGAAACCCCCAGGGCUGCUCCGAGUGCUUCUGCUUUGGCGUUUCUGACGUUUGCGGCAGCCUCUCCUGGCCCGUCAGUCAGGUAAAAGAGAUGUCUGGGUGGCUGGUCACCGACUUGGUCAGUUCCAGGCAGAUCCCAUCUCAGCAGGACGCGCUGGGCGGGCGUCACCAGAUCAGCAUCAACAACUCGGCGGCGCUGCAGAGGCUGACGUCCAAGUAUUACUGGUCCGCCCCGGAGGCCUACCUCGGAAACAAGCUGACGGCGUUUGGUGGAUUCCUGAAGUACACAGUGUCUUACGAGGUUCCAGUGGAGACGGUGGACGGUGACCUCACGUCUCACGCUGAUGUCAUCAUCAAGGGAAAUGGACUCACUUUAAGCACCCAGGCUGAGGGCCUGUCACUGCAGCCGUAUGAAGAGUACCUCAAUGUGGUUAGACUUGUGCCUGAGAACUUCCAGGAUCUUAAUAGCAAGAGGGAGGUGGAUCGCGACCAGCUGAUGACCGUCCUGGCCAACGUGACGCAUCUCUUGAUCAGAGCCAACUACAAUUCCGCAAAGAUGGCUCGUUACAGGUUGGAUUCUGUCUCUCUGGACACGGCCAGCCCUAACGUGAUAGACCUGGCCCUGGCCACGGAGGUGGAGCAGUGCGAGUGUCCCCAGGGCUACGCGGGCAUCUCCUGUGAGACCUGCCUCCCUGGCCAUUACCGUGUAGAUGGAAUACUCUUUGGAGGAAUCUGUCAGCCCUGUGAAUGCCACGGCCACGCCCCUGAGUGCGAUGUUCACGGCGUCUGUCUUGCGUGCCAGCACAACACCACCGGGGACCACUGUGAGCAGUGCCUGCCGGGCUUCUACGGGCUGCCUUCCCGCGGGACCCCUGGGGACUGCCAGCCGUGUGCCUGCCCCCUCGCCACAGCCUCCAACAAUUUCAGCCCCACCUGCCACCUGGACGACAGGGACGAAGUGGUCUGUGACCAGUGUGCUCCGGGAUACAUGGGAGAUUGGUGCGAGAGAUGCGCAGAUGGUUACUAUGGAAACCCCACGGUGCCUGGGGAUUCCUGUGUCCCUUGUAACUGCAGCGGCAACGUGGACCCCUUGGAGGCCGGGCGCUGUGACUCCGUCACGGGAGACUGCCUGCAGUGCAUUGGGAACACGGGCGGCCCCCACUGUGAGCGGUGUGCUGAUGGCUUCUACGGGGAUGCUGUGACCGCGAAAAACUGCCGCGCCUGUGAAUGCCACAGACAAGGCUCCCUUUCUGCCAUCUGCCAUCCUGAGACUGGACUCUGUGACUGCAAAACACACGUGACCGGACAGCAGUGUGACCAGUGCGUGCUCGGCUACUACGGGCUGGACACGGGCCGCGGGUGCCUGCCCUGUAACUGCAGCACGCCGGGCUCCCUGUCGGACGCCUGCACGGAGGAAGGCCAGUGCCACUGCGCUCCAGGCGUGGCCGGGCGAAGGUGCGACAGGUGUGCCCACGGCUUCUACGCCUACCAGGACGGUGGCUGUACACCCUGCGACUGCGCUCACACUCAGAAUUCCUGUGACCCGGAGUCCGGGGAGUGCGUCUGCCCGCCUCAUACCCGGGGCGCAGCGUGUGAGGAGUGUGAGGAUGGACACUGGGGCCACGACCUGGAGCUCGGGUGCCAGGCCUGCAACUGCAGUAAUGUGGGCUCAGCCAGUCCUCGGUGCGACGUGCUCACUGGCCGUUGCCCGUGUGAGCCUGCGUUCGGUGGCUGGACCUGCGACCAGUGCUCCCUGGGUUACAGAGACUUCCCGGAGUGCGUGGCCUGCAACUGCGACCUGAGAGGGACGCUGCCCGACACCUGCGACCAGGAGCAGGGGCUCUGCAGCUGCGCACAGGAAACUGGGACCUGCUUGUGCAAGGAGAACGCCGUCGGCCCACGGUGCAGCGAGUGUCGGGCCGGCACCUUCGCUCUGGCCGCUGCCGCCCCCCAGGGCUGUACCCCCUGCUUCUGCUCGGGGCUGUCACAGCUCUGCGCCGAGGCCCAGGGCUACGUGAGGACCCCGGUCACGCUGAGCUCCAAACAGCCUCGUCUGCGUGUGGUUUCUCAGAGUGACCUCAAGGGUACAACCGAGGGGGUGUACUCGCAGGCCCCCGAUGUCCUCCUGGACGCCGUGACCGUCAGGCGGCAUGUCCACGCGGAGCCCUUUUACUGGCGGCUCCCUGGGCAGUUUCAGGGGGACCAGCUCACAGCCUACGGCGGGACGCUGCGCUACAGCGUGGCUUUCCGCUCUUCCCACGGGCUCGGCCCCUUCAACCUGGAGCCGCAGGUGCUCAUCAGAGGAGGCCGGGCCAGGAAGCAGGUCAUCUACGUGGACGCGCCCGCCCCGGAGAACGGAGUGCGGCAGGAGCACGAAGUAGAGAUGAGAGAGGAUUUUUGGAAAUACUUUAACUCUGUUUCUGAAGAACCUGUCACACGCUCGGAUUUUAUGUCCGUUCUUAGCAAUGUUGAGUACAUCCUCAUCAAAGCGUCUUAUGGUCAAGGGUUACAGCAAAGCAGAAUCUCAAACAUCUCCAUGGAGGUCGGCAGAAAGGCAGAAGAGUCGCCCCCAGGGAGGGCGGUGGCAUUCCUUUUGGAGAAGUGUCUCUGUCCUCCUGGCACGGCUGGACUCUCAUGUCAGGACUGUGCGCCUGGUUAUCACAGAGGGAAGCUUCCAGAAGGUGAUGGCAGGAGACCCCGGCCUCUGCUUGCUCCCUGUGUGCCCUGCAGUUGCAACAACCACAGUGACGCCUGUGACCCUGAAACGGGGAAGUGUCUGAACUGCAGCCAUAACACCACUGGCGACCACUGCGAGGAGUGUGCCCCCGGGUACUACGGGCAGGUGACCGGCCGGGCCAGCGACUGCUCUCCCUGCUCCUGUCCUCACGGCCUCCCUGCCAGUUUUAGUCCCACUUGUGUCCUGGAAGGUGAUCAUGAUUUCCGCUGUGACGCCUGUUUCCAGGGCUACGAGGGACAGUACUGUGAAAGGUGCUCCACAGGCUACCACGGGAACCCGCACAUGCCAGGUGGUUCUUGCCAGAGGUGUGACUGCAGCCCGCACGGCUCUGUUCACAGCGACUGUGACCGCGGGUCCGGGCAGUGCGUCUGCAGGCCGGGGGCCACGGGGCUCCGCUGUGAGGACUGUGAGCCCAGGCACACGCUGGUGGAAAGCGACUGUGUGUCCUGUGACGACGCGUGCGCGGGGGCGCUGCUGGACGGCCUGGACGCUGCCGGCCGCGCCGCUCUCCCUGGGAACCUCAGCGGCGUCAUCCCCGCCCCGCAUGGGAUUCUGUCCGGCCUGGAAGACACGGCGAGACGCCUCCGGGAAUCUUUACUAAAAGGAAAUACACAAAAGCAACUGGCAAAAACUGAACUUGAAGGUGUCUCAGAGCAAACAGAGCACCUGCAAAGGGAGCUCGACAGAGUGUUGGCACGAAGCCAGCACGUGAGCAGGGCCACUGAGAGAGUCCUGAACAGGAGUCGGGACCUUGUGACGUUUACUGAGAAGCUGCGGACAGACAUCCAAGAAAUCAGCGAAAAGGCAACAACUCUAAAUCAGACCUUGGACGAAGAUGUCCAGCUACCCAGUUCUACUCUUCGGAAUAUGCAAAGGAACAUUACAUCUUUGCUGGAAAUCCUGCAGAAAAGGCAUUUCCUGCACUUGCACCAAAAUGCCACCCUUGAACUCAAGGCUGCUGAGGAUUUAUUGUCACAGAUUCAGACAAAUUACCAGAAGCCACAGGAAGAGUUGGAGGUGGUGAAAGCAGCAGCAAACAGCCUCCUCUCGAAACACCACAGUGAGGUGCGGGCGGCCGCGGAGCUGGUGCGGGCGGCAGAGGCGAAGGCGCAGGAGAGCGGUCGCCUGCUGCGGGUCGUCGGCGCCAACCUGCGGGAGCUCAACGAUCAGAAGCUGCGCGUUCAAGAGGACCAGAAUCCCACCCCUCAGCGCGCGCACACGUCGUUCAAUAGGGCACAGGGUUUCAGUGUCGGCUUCUCUGUGUAGCAGCUGGAGCGGCACCGGGAUGAGCUGCUUCUGUGGACCGCCCAAGUCAGGCGCCACGUGGACGCCCUGGUCAUGCAGAUGUCCAAGAGGGCGGCUCUGGACCUGGUCUACAGAGCAGAGGGCCGUGCGGCUGAGCUCCAGACACUGGCCAGCGCCCUGGACAGUGGCCUUGGAAAUGUUAGACACGUGUCCCUGAAUGCGACCAGUGCAACCCAUGUCGGUUCCAACAUCCAGAGUCUGAUUGAAGAGUCAGAGAAGUUGGCAAAAGAUGCUCUUGGGACUGUGAGCAAGGCUCACACGGUCUCAGGGGCCCUGCUUUCUAACGGGAGAGCGGCUCUCCAGCGCAGUGCUGAGCUCCUCGAAGAAGGCGACAGCCUGAGCAGGAGGCACCAAGGUAUCACACUAGAACUGAGCGAACUGAAAAGUACUGCAAACAGAUUUCAAGAGAAUGCUGGUAAAGUUACAAGGCAGACCAGUGAGUCCCUCUUGACACUUAGAGCCAUUCCUGGAGGUAUCAGAGACAGAGGAACCAAAAUCAAAGAGCUGGCCGCAUCUGCAAAUCAGAGCGCUACGAGCACGCUCCAGAACGUCGCGGGGCUGAGCCAGAAGCUGCUGAAUACGUCGACUGACCUGUCCAGGGUUAACGCCACGUUACGAGAAACUGACGACCUUCUCCGCGAGUCCUCGGUGACUACUUUGUUAGCAGGAAGAAAAGUCAAAGAUGUGGAAACACAAGCCAACCUUCUAUUUGAUCGGCUGAAGCCUUUGAAGAGGCUAGAAGAGAACCUGGGCAGAAACCUUUCUGAAAUCAAACUGCUCAUCAGCCAGGCCCGGAAGCAAGCAGCUUCUAUCAAAGUUGCGGUGUCUGCAGACAGAGACUGUAUCCGGGCCUACCAGCCUCAGAUUUCUUCCACCAACUAUAACAUUUUAACACUAAACGUGAAGACAGGCGAGCCCGACAACCUCCUCUUCUACCUGGGGAGCAGCAGCGGCUCUGAUUUCCUGGCAGUGGAGAUGCGGCGAGGGAAAGUGGCCUUCCUCUGGGAUUUGGGCUCCGGGUCAACACGCUUGGAAUUUCCAGACUUCCCAAUUGAUGACAGCAAAUGGCACAGCAUCUAUGUGACCAGAUUUGGAAACAUUGGUUCAUUGAGUGUAAAAGAAAUGAGUGCAUCUCAGAAGCCACCACCAAAAACAAGUAAAUCCCCUGGAACAGCUAAUAUUCUGGAUAUAAACAAUUCAACACUAAUGUUUGUUGGAGGGCUUGGAGGACAGAUCAAGAAAUCUCCUGCUGUGAAGGUUACUCACUUUAAAGGCUGCAUGGGAGAUGCUCUCUUGAAUGGACAGUCGAUUGGCCUGUGGAACUACAUUGAGAGGGAGGGGAAGUGCCACGGCUGCUUUGGAAGCCCCCAGAAUGAAGACGCGUCCUUCCACUUUGAUGGGAGUGGGUACUCUGUCGUGGAGAAGAUGCUCCGGGCUACUGUGACUCAGAUAAUUAUGCUUUUCAGCACCUUUUCACCAAAUGGGCUGCUUCUCUACCUGGCUUCAGAUGGCACCAAAGACUUUUUAUCCAUCGAGCUGAUUCAAGGCAGAGUUAGAGUUGCCGUUGACCUGGGUUCGGGGCCUCUCGCUCUUAUUACAGACAGACGCUAUAAUAAUGGAACCUGGUACAAAAUUGCCUUCCAGCGAAACAGAAAGCAAGGACUCCUAGCAGUUACUGACGCACAGAACCUUGGCUAUAAAGAAACCAAGCAAGGGGAGACUCCAGGAGCAUCUUCUGACCUCAAUCGUCUCGAUAAGGAUCCAAUUUACGUGGGUGGAUUACCUAGGUCAAGAGUUGUGAGGAAAGGUGUCACCAGCAAAAGCUAUGUGGGCUGUAUCAAAAACCUGGAAAUAUCCAGAUCGACCUUUGAUUUACUCAGAAAUUCCUAUGGAGUGAGAAAAGGCUGUACACUGGAGCCUGUCCGAAGUGUUAGCUUCUUGAAAGGCGGCUACAUGGAAUUGCCACCCAAGUCUUUGUCACCAGAGUCGGAACUGUUGGCAACAUUUGCCACCAAGAACAGCAGCGGCAUCAUCCUGGCUGCCCUGGGCCAGCACGGGGAGAAGCAGGGCCGUCGGCAGGCCCCUGGGUCUUCCCAGCCCUUCCUUUGCAUCACGCUAAUUGAAGGCCACAUUGAAGUGCAUGUUAAUCCUGGGGACGGAACCAGCCUGAGAAGAGCUCUCCUGCAUGCCCCCACGGGCACAUUCGGUGACGGCCAAGAGCAUUCCAUCUCCUUGAUAAGGAGCGGGAGAAUUAUCACUGUACAACUGGAUGAGACAACUCCUGUGGAAAUGAAGUUAGGCCCAGCAGCAGAAGGCAGGACAAUAAACGUGUCCAACCUCUACAUCGGGGGGGUUCCAGCAGGCGAGGGGACCCCCAUGCUCAAGAUGAGAAGCUCAUUCCAUGGCUGUAUCCGAAACCUGAUCUGGAACUUGGAACUUUUGGAUUUCACUAGUGCCACUGGCUAUGAGCAAGUGGACUUGGACACCUGCCUGCUCUCAGAAAGGCCGAAGCUGGUUCUUCAUGAAGAGGAUGGUGAACUCCCGCCAGAGCCCCAGCCUUUACCAAGUCCAGGACUGUGUGCCGUGGACAGAGCCCCGGAGUACGUCCCCAACGCCCACCAGUUCGGCCUCACAGAAGGCAGCCACUUCCUGCUGCCCUUUAAUCAGCUGGCUGUCAGAAGGAGGCUCUCGGUUCAGCUAAGAAUCCGAACAUUCGCCUCCAGCGGCCUGAUUUACUACACGGCUCACCAGAACCAGGUGGAUUACGCUGCUCUCCAGCUGCACGAGGGCCGCCUCCACUUCAUGUUUGACCUUGGGAAGGGCCGGACCAAGGUCUCGCACCCUGCUCUGCUCAGUGACGGCCAGUGGCACACGGUCAAGACAGAAUACUUUAAAAAGAAGGGCUUCAUGAUGGUUGACAACCAGGAGUCUGCCAUGGUAACCACGGUGGGAGAUGCUACCACGCUGGAUGUGGAAGGAAAGCUGUACCUAGGAGGCCUUCCCUCUGAGUACAGGGCCAGGAACAUUGGGAAUGUCACCCACAGCAUCCCUGCUUGCAUUGGGGAGGUGACAGUAAAUGGCAAACAGCUGGGCAAGGACAAUGCAGAGUCUGCAUUUGCAGUCAGCAGGUGCUAUGCUGCAGCUCAGAAAGGAACUUUCUUUGAAGGAAGUGGAUAUGCAGCCCUUGUCAAAGAAGGCUACAAAGUGCAGUCAGAUCUGAACAUCACACUGGAGUUUCGCACCUCCUCAGAAAAUGGUGUCCUCUUGGGUAUCAGCAGCGCCAAAGUGGACGCCAUUGGUUUAGAGCUUGUUAAUGGCAAGCUCUUGUUUCAUGUUAACAACGGUGCUGGCAGGAUAACAGCCACAUAUGAACCCAAAGCUCCAAAUACCCUCUGCGAUGGAAAAUGGCACACUCUUAAAGCAAACAAAAGCAAACAUCGUGUGGUUCUGAUUAUCGAUGGGAAUGCAGUUCGAGCUGAAAGUUCACACACCCAGUCCACCUCUGCCGACACCAACAAUCCUAUUUAUGUCGGUGGCUAUCCUGCUGAUGUAAAGCAAAACUGCCUGAGCAGCCAGACCUCCUUCCGGGGCUGUCUGAGAAAGCUCACUCUGAUUAAGGGCCCACAAGUGCAAUUUUAUGACUUCAGCAGAGCUUUUGACCUACAGGGAGUUUUCCCUCAUUCCUGUCCUGGGACUGAGUCCUGAACUUUGGGGAGACCUCAGUUGGGCAGCGUCACUUACAUAUUGAGGAGAAUGAUUUCGUGAAUUAAAAUCUUUCCAGUUCAGAAUUCAUUUCCAACUCAGGUUAAGUGUUUCCAGAGAGAAAUUUUGUGUUUAUGUUAAACUAAAACCAUGUGUACAACAAAUGCCUCUAUUAAAUAGUUUAAAAUGUAAA